CGCAGUAAUAGCCGGAAGUACUUUAACAUUUUCAAGAGAAGUUAACUCGAGCACUACAGCCACACAGCAGAUGGCGGGGUUCAACCUCUUGCCCGUGGAAGACGGUGGCAGUCCAGUACACCUGCCAGAGGGAGAAACUGUUUUGGGAAGGGGUCCAUUUCUCGGGGUUAGUGACAAAAGAGUCUCCAGACACCAUGGGCUGCUUGAAAACCUGGAUGGGCAGUUGCGCAUCAAACCGACCCACUUCAACCCCUGCUUUUGUCAGUCCUCGUUGGACGAUUCCCCUCAACCUCUAGACAGGAACCAGUGGCACACACUUAAAGACGGCGACAUCUUCUCCCUCCUCCCUGGGAAAUACAUGUAUAAAGUUGUGGCUGUCGAUGGGGACAAUGGCACACUCAGAAACAGUCAAGGCUAUCAUGAGGAUUGCAACAAGUCACCUCUCUUUCCUGAGCCAAGUAAUGAGCAAGCUCAUCCCAUCAUGCUUCAAGGCAAGACAUCCAUACCACGCUCCCCAGAAAAAGUACCAAAGACACUGACAGUAACCACAGCCAAAAAGGAGGACCCAUUUGUCCAAGGCCCAACGCUAAACCAGACCAAGUCAGUGAUUGUAGAGGAGAAAGAAGAGAAACCAGAACCAAAGAAAAGGGUGUUACCUGUCUGGAUGAUGGCGGGUACCACAACUCCCAAGAGCCCUUCAACCCCAAAAGACUCUGGAAAGCGAGCCAGGGGAACAUCGAUCUCAUCGGCAAGCCGGGUUGCGGCAGCAUCAAAGCAGAGCCGGGCCACGGAGCCCAUCUCUGGGGAGGAGUCGGAACACAGCGAAGUGGAGCAGCCCAGAAAGAGGACGAAGAGGAAGAAGAGUGAUGAAGAUGAGGUGGAAACAAUCGCUGCUCCUCAGGCACACAAAGCCAGGCUGGAUAUCAACAAAGUGGAGGAUGGUGAAGAGUCCGACAACUUAGACAUGGAAGCAGAAGAUGAUGGAAAGAAAAAAGGAGAAGGACCCACACCAACAGGCAGCAGCUCAACGUGUAGAGUGAAACCCAGUGAGCCGGAAAAUAGUCCGAGGACGAAGCGUAGGGGGUCAAGCCCAGAGUCUGGCCCUGGCGGAGCCAAAGCCCAGCCUAGAACACACUGCCCCUAUGGAAAGGAGUGUUACCGGAAAAAUCCACUUCAUUUCCAAGAAUGCAGUCACCCUGGUGACAGUGACUAUGAGGAAGAUUCAAAAGAAGAGGAAGAAGAUGAUUCAGAUCGACCAGAGUGUCCCUAUGGAAUUGACUGCUAUAGGAAAAAUCCACUCCACAGAAAAGAAUACAAACACACUACAAGCAGAGCAAAGAGGACAGUACUGAAAAAUUACAACGACAAUGAGGAGGAAGAGGAUAACUCUGGGGAUGACGACAGCUUCAUCAACGACGAAAGUGAGGACAUGGAUGAAGACUCUGACUAUGUCCCACCUGACUCAGACGACAGUACAAAGGAAGACUUAAAAAGACUCAAGAAAGAAGCCAUGGCAUUUGUAAAAAAAAAGAAUUAACUUUUAAUUUUCUUUCUUUAAUAAAAAAAAAAAUCCUAAAUAAAACAAUUAGAAGAUUCCAUACUU